AUGCAGCACAAGCGCAUUUGCCUCGGCCUCUUCGCUGCCUUUGCCAGCCUCGUCACCGCCGCCGACGAGUCUGAUGUGACCCAGCUUACCGGCAAGACCUUUGACGACUUCGUCAAGGCCAACGACUUGGUCCUCGCCGAGUUCUUUGCUCCCUGGUGUGGCCACUGCAAGGCCCUCGCCCCCGAGUAUGAGGAGGCUGCUACCUCUUUAAAGGAGAAGAACAUCAAGCUCGCCAAGAUUGACUGCACCGAGGAGGCUGAGCUCUGCCAGUCUCACGGUGUCGAGGGCUACCCCACCCUCAAGGUCUUCCGCGGAGCCGACAACGUCGCCCCCUACAGUGGCCAGCGCAAGGCCGCUGCCAUCACAUCCUACAUGGUCAAGCAGUCCCUCCCCGCCGUUUCCACCCUCGAAAAAGAUACCCUCGAGGACUUCAAGACGGCCGACAAGGUUGUCGUCGUGGCAUACAUUGCCGAGGACGAUAAGACCUCUGCCGACGUCUUCCAGACCGUCGCUGAGAAGUACCGUAACGACUACCUCUUUGGCUCCGUCGCCGACGCCAAUUUGGCCGAGGCUGAAGAUGUCACCGCCCCCGCCGUUGUCCUCUACAAAUCCUUUGAUGAGGGCAAGACCAUCUUCAAGGGCAAGAAGUUCGACGCCGAUGCCAUUGAGGAGUUUACCAAGACCGCUGCCACUCCCCUCAUCGGCGAGAUCGGCCCCGAGACCUACGCCGGCUACAUGUCGGCCGGCCUCCCCCUGUGCUACAUCUUCGCCGAGACCGAGGAGGAGCGCACCGAGCUCGCCAAGGCCCUCAAGCCUGUCGCUGAGAAGCAUAAGGGCAAGGUCAACUUUGGCACCAUUGAUGCCAAGGCCUUCGGCGCCCACGCCGGAAACCUGAACCUUGCGUCCGACAAGUUCCCCGCCUUUGCCAUCCAGGACAUUGAGGGUAACAAGAAGUACCCCUUUGAUCAGGAAAAGAAGAUUACCGAAAAGUCGAUUGGCAAGUUUGUCGACGACUACGUUGCCGGCAAGAUUGAGCCCAGUAUCAAGUCGGAGCCCAUCCCCGAGUCCCAGGACGGCCCCGUCACCGUCGUCGUCGCCAAGAACUACGACGAUAUCGUACUUGAUAACAACAAGGAUGUCCUCAUCGAGUUCUACGCCCCCUGGUGCGGUCACUGCAAGGCCCUCGCUCCCAAGUACGACCAGCUUGGCGCCGCCUUCCAGGAGUCUGAUUUCAAGGACAAGGUCACCAUUGCCAAGGUCGACGCUACUCUCAAUGACGUCCCGGAUGACAUCCAGGGCUUCCCCACUAUCAAGCUCUACCCCGCCGGUGACAAGAAGAACCCCGUUACCUACGAAGGCGCUCGCACUCCCGAGGACCUCGUCGAGUUCAUUGAGAAGAACGGCAAGCACAAGGCCUCAGUCAGCCUCAAGGAAGACGCUACCGAGGAGGCUGCUCCCGCCGCUUCCAAGGAGAAGAAGGCUGUCGAGGAGGAUGAGGAGGUUGAGGAGGAUCACGACGAGCUGUAA